CAGGAUUCCGGCUCCCCGGCUGCAGGCGCGCGGCGCGACCGCCUGGCGGGUCCCGGCUUCCGCGUCACCCGCACCCCGGCCCCGACUUCAGCCUCCACCCGCGUCUUCCUGUGCUACGGCCCACCGAUCCCGCGGGCAGCCGAGCCGCCAGCGACGCCCGCAGAGCUUAGGGUACCCGGGAAGGGAACCAUGCCGUGCCGGAGGGAGGAGGAAGAGGAAGCCGGCGAGGAAGCGGAGGGGGAGGAGGAGGACGACGACGACAGCUUCCUCCUGCUGGAGCAGUCGGUGACGCUGGGCGGCUCGGGCGAGGUGGACCGACUGGUAGCCCAGAUCGGCCAGACGCUGCAGCUGGACGCGGCGCACGACAGUCCGGCCUCCCCGUGCGUGCCCCCGGGGCCUCCGUUGCAGCCCCGGGUGGCGCUGCCGGCAGACAAGGCCCGGCCCCGGGCCGUUCCGCUGCUGCUGCGACCCGCGUCGUCCGAGGCUGUGGGGCCGGCGCCCCCAGGAGCUCUACGCUGCGCCCUCGGGGACCGCGGUCGCGUGCGGGGUCGCGCUGCGCCCUAUUGCGUGGCGGAGCUCUCCUCAGGCCCAAGCGCGCUAUCUCCAUUGCCCUCUCAGCCCGGCCUUGAUGGCCCUCCGGAAGCCGGCAAACAGGGCAUCCCGCAGCCUCUGUCCGGCCCGUGCCGGCGAGGAUGGCUACGGAGCGCUGCCGCGUCCCGCCGACUGCAGCAGCGACGCGGGUCCCAGCCCGACACCUGCAGUGGCGACGACGAUCCGCACCAACUCCUGCAGCAGCUCGUGCUCUCGGGAAACCUCAUCAAGGAGGCAGUCAGAAGGCUUCAUUCGCGACGGCUGCAGUUACAUGCAAAGCUUCCCCAACACCCUCUCUUGGGUCCUCUGUCGGCUCCAGUGCACGAGCCCCCUUCACCCCGAAGCCCUCGAGCGGCCUGCAGUGACCCUGGGGCGUCCGGCAGAAGGGCGCAGCUCAUAACCGUAGACGGUGUUCUUGUGCCUGGCAGCUAACAGCCAAGGUGGCCACCACGCCAGCCUCUUAACUGUAGAGGCAAGGGAUUCCUCUGAGGGCUGUGACCCUGCUCAGACUACUGGAGAACUCUAGCUUUUGGAAGUAGAAAUAAUUAAUAAUAAUAACAAUAAUAAUAAUAAUAAGCUAACGAAGACCGGGAACCAAAAAAUCGUGAAAGUUUUCGUGGGGAACUGAGGUCGAGGUCCCCAAUCCAGGACUUGGUUAGCCCUAUUUAAGACAUUUUAUGGAGCGCACCCCAAGCUCACACUUAGUAGGACUCCUUAUUUGGCGUGACCGGACCUGGCCGCUCAGUGUGCAGUUCCGCGCAGCUUCUGGGCCAGCCAGGUGACCACGUGGCCACGGUUCACGCUUCUCAGGAUCGCCAAGCAUCAGAACGAAGGAGCAUGGUCCCAGUUACUUGCUUCAUCUUUGCAGGGCUGGUUCCUGAUCCACUUCGGGAGAAGGGGACAAGAGUAGACGAUAAUUUCAGGAAUCUACCCCAAACUGCCAGAUUUGAGAUUUUUGACACUUAAAAUAUCAUCUUGUGACUUUGCGGGUAUUGGUUUCAAUAUAGAAAAUGCGGUACUAAGAAAACACUCUCUUGGGGUUGAAUAGGAGUAACCCUUUUUCUCAAGCCUCUCUUUGCAACUGGCUGCAGUUUUCAGAGUACUGGGUGAGGGCUGUACCCACGGGGUGGGUAUGGUAGGCGGCGGCGCGGAUAUUGGGUGGUGGAAGGGUAAAGUGAGAUGUGGAAUGAACCCCGGUCCUCUCUAAUGUGUUUUCGCAGUCUGCCUGUCCCUCCUAGAGUUCAAGGUCACUGUUGCCUGGGCGCUCACUGCGUUGCGGGACUCCUGCAGGGAGGGUAAACGGGUCUGCCUGUGCUCAGAGAAGAGCGCUGUAUUUUGCAAGUGCUUGAGUCUCCUGAGGACAUGCGCGCCGCCACCACCACGAGUGGAGAAGUAGGGAGGUGCAGGGAGCCUGUGCUUCCCGCGGGCGGUCACCGCCCCUGGCUGGGCUCCAUGCUUUCAUGGAAACUGCCCUGAGACAUGGUCCGUGGUCCCUCCUCACCCCUUUGGCUCUCUCCCCUACUCAAGCGGGUGGCGCUGGCUAUCCUGGGGGCAGGGUCGAGGGGCUAGGGAAGCACCACGUGACAGGCACUCGAGGGACACAGCCUAGCACAGCAUCUUAUAAUGGGCUCUCCGGGGCCAUUUGCAAUAACAGCUGCAAUUCCCUGGGUAGCCGGAGUUGAUUUCCUCCUUCCCCUCCCCCAGCCGUGCCCGCUCGCCUUUGUAAGUGAAAGAAAUCGAGUAGAAAAUGUGACCCUCCAAAUGGAGAAGCUGCAGGCUUUGCCAUUGUGAUCAUGGUGAAGUGCAUGGAACAUACUGUUCACUCUCUGAGGGCACUAAGACGUUUUGUUGUUUUAGUUUUAUAGAGUCAAUGGCUUGUUCAGCAUCCAGAUGUGGCUGUUGACAUAUCUACACUUCGCACCGGAGUGUCUGGAAUCGUGGCUAUCCUGAUUAUAGGAUUUUAACUUAACUGAAAGACCUGUUUUGAAUAAAUGUGUUGGUUUUUUUGUUCA